ACUUUACCGUGGCGGUUGUGUGAGCGUAUGAAAACGCAACGUUAAAUAAUUAAACGAAUUUAAAAAUUAUUAAUUAUAUAUUUUUUUAAAGAUAUAUAAAGAAAUUAUAAAUAUAUAUAUUUAAUUGAAAUAAGCAAAAAAAAAAAAAAAUAUAAUAAAAAGAAUUAUAGAAUUUGUUGUAAUAACUAAAAGUUUUAGAAUUUAAUAAAACUAGAACAAAAAAAAAGUAUCUUUGAGAUACACUUUAUUAUAGGCAAAUAGUGUGGGAGCUGUUAGUUAAGAGUGCUAAAACAAAUGAUUUCAACGAAAUAAUUUUAAAAAAGAAAUUAAAUUUUUUUAUUAAAAAUAAAAAACAAAAAAUCUAAAAUAUAUUUUUAUAUUUAAAAAAAGUCAAAUUGUUGCAAAAAAAGUCAGUAAAAAUUAAAGGCAACAAGUUGUAUACAUUUGGCACCAUGGAGGGAGGUUACGUUAAUGAAGCGAAUCAUAAACAAUCAUUACAAUCACCCCACUCAUCAAACAACACUCACAUGGACCCAAACGCACCAUUAGAAUCAAGUGACCGAGACCCAGCAACAACGGUUAAAUUGUCCCUAUAUCCCGGAGAAUCAGAACUAUUGGCACCGGCUUAUGAAAGCACUGUUAAACCUUUAAAUAAAGAACCAGGUUUUAUGCAAAAGUUACGCGAUUUUAAUUGGCGCAAUGAUACAAAUAAAUUACGUGAAAAAUUUUAUUUUGAAUAUUAUUCUAAGGAAAAGUUUAUGGGAGGACAACUUAAAACGAAAAAUGGCCAAAAAUAUGUGUUUAAUGGCAGACCGUCGGGUAUAUUUGUAUCGAAAACUUGUGCCACAUUUACCGCUAUUAUAACAAUUUUGGCCAUUAUAUUUACCAUAUUGAUAACGUAUUUCGUGACAGUCAACACUAUGCCUCAAAGUUGCACAAACGGCCAUAAUGUACAAAAUUCUAUACAAUCACAACCACAAAAUACUAGUCCCAUUGCGACGGCCAGUAUGUUGGGCAUGCCACUGCCCAAAUCCAAGUACGAUAAUAAACCUGCUCCUGUUGGUGAUAUACCGCCCGAUAAUGAUAUAUUCGGCGAGGAUCAAGGCAAAUUUACAGAUCGUAAACUACAGUUAUUCGAUGGCUGGUUACCGUUACAUUACAAUCUCAUUAUCGAACCCAAUCUGAGAAAAUCCCUUAACAAUGGCAGUGUAGCCAUACAUAUAAAACGAGAUGAACGUGUUGCCAGCUUUGAGCCCAUUGUCCUAGAUGUUAAUAAUGUCACCAUUUCAAAUGUACGCGUUAUAAGAGCUUUAAAUCAGACCAGUUUGGAAGAAAUUGAAUUGGAUUUUGAUAGCGAGUAUGGUUUGGAUAAUAGUACAUUUGUGGUGACUUUGACGAAAGCAUUGGCCGAGGAAAAAGACUUAAAAUUGGUAUUAAGCAUGGACUUUGUAAGUCAAAUUACCGAUACAUUACAGGGAGUUUACAAGACUAGUUAUGUAAAUGUAGAUACAGGAAAACAAGAAUGGAUGAUUAGCACCCAAUUUUCGCCCAUAGAUGCCCGCAGAGCUUUCCCCUGUUUUGAUCGUCCCGAUAUGAAAGCAAACUUUACCGUCAGUAUUAUUAGACCCACUAGAACUUCUAUGGCUUUGUCCAAUAUGCCCGUUUAUCAUAGCUCCAUCCAACGUCCCGGUUUUACUCGUGAUGAUUUCAUGACCACACCCAAAAUGCCUACCUACCUCUUAGCUUUUAUUGUAUCUAAUUUAGUCAAGUCACACUUUUCGGAUGUAGAUGCCAAUUUAGUGCCUCGUGUGGAAAUCUGGACUAGACCGGAAAAUAAGGAUAUGACCCGUUAUGCUUAUUCUUUGGUGCGCAAAUUUUUACCCUAUUAUGAGGGUUAUUUUGGUAUUAAAAAUCGUUUACCUAAAAUCGAUUUAGUUUCGGUACCUGAUUUUGGUUUUGGUGCCAUGGAAAAUUGGGGUCUAAUAACUUUUAGAGAUUCUGCUCUUUUGGUACCGGAAGAUUUAGAGAAGGCCUCUUCCUCUGAACAUAUGGAAUAUGUAGCUCAAAUUGUGGCCCAUGAAUUGGCUCAUCAAUGGUUUGGCAAUUUGGUUACCCCCAAAUGGUGGAAUGAUUUAUGGCUUAAGGAGGGUUUUGCCUGUUAUAUGAGUUAUAUUGCCUUGAAUAGUGUACAUCCUGAAUUUGAAAUUAUGGAUACUUUCACCGUGUUCGAAUUCAAGGAAUCCAUGCAGCACGAUUCCGAUAAUAGUUCUCAUGCCAUUUCUUUUGAUGUUAAAUCUACUAAUGAUAUCAGAAGAAUAUUCGAUCCUAUUACCUAUUCCAAGAGUACGAUUUUAUUGAGAAUGUUAAAUUCCAUAGUGGGCAAUGAAGCUUUUAGAGAUGCUACACAAGAUCUGUUGAAAUCUUUUACCUAUGAAAAUGCCGAUCGUAAUGAUUUGUGGGAAUAUAUGACUAAACAGGGUCAUUUAAAGAAAACCUUACCCGAUGAUAUGGAUAUUAAGAGCAUUAUGGAUAGUUGGAUCUCUAAGCCCGGUUAUCCAGUGGUGACGGUAGAAAGAAGAGAUGCUGAUUUGAUUGUUACCCAGGAACGUUAUCUCUUGCCCUCCAAGAAUAUGUCCGAUGAUAGUAAAUGGAUUGUUCCAAUCACCUAUGAAACUGAUGAACUUCAUAAAGGCGACAGCAUACCCACCCAUUGGCUUAUGGAUAAUGGCCAUGAAUUGGUUAUUACAGAUGCCUUUACUUCUGAUAAUAAUUCCGAAAAUGUUGUUUAUUUAAAUUUGAAUAGACAGGGUUAUUAUAGAGUAAAUUAUGAUAUGACUUCAUGGUUGGCCUUGAAAAAGAAAUUCUCCUCUUUGCCACGUGUAACUAGAGCUCAACUUUUAGACGAUUCUUUACAUUUGUCUCAGGCGGAAUAUUUGUCUUAUGAUAUUCCUUUGACAUUUUUAAUGGAAAUUUUCACUGCCACCGAUGAUGAGCUAUUGUGGUCGGCCGCUCAACAGGGUUUGAAUUAUUUGAUUCAUAUGUUGAAUCGUGAACCUGCCUAUGAGACAUUUAGGGCCUUUAUGAAAUUUUUGGUUAGACCUGCCUUUGAUCGUUAUGGUUUACAAGAACCUGAUAAUGAGAGUCAUAUUCAGUUGCAACAUCGUGCUUUGGUCGCUAGAUUAGCUUGUAAAUUUAAAUAUGAUCGUUGCUAUAAUGCUGCCCAUAUUAAGUACAGAGAAUGGAUGGCUGAUCCUAAAUCAAAUCCUAUUACGCCCAAUAUGAAACCAACAAUUUAUUGUACUGCUUUGGCUGAGGGUUCAUUCCAAGAAUGGUAUUUCGCCUAUAAACAAUACAAACGUACUACAAGUGCCUCCGAAAAGGAACAGAUACUCUCAUCAUUGGGUUGCACCACCAAGCCUUGGUUAUUGUCCAAAUAUUUAAAUAUGACCAUUAACCCUACAUCGGGCAUUUUAAAACAAGACGGUGCACGAGCAUUUAAAGCGGUGGCAGAAAAUCCCAUAGGUUUCGAAAUAGCUUUGGAUUUCCUGCAAACGAAUAUUAAAGACAUAGCAGAAUAUUUCGGUGAUGGCUUUUCUACAUUAAGCUCUAUGAUCAAAUCGAUUACCACCUAUAUGAGCAAAGACUAUCACAAAGAACAAUUGGAACGUUUCAGAGAUAAAUCACAAAAAUUGGGUUUAAAAUCAGUGGUUACUGCCAUAGAUUUAGCCAUGGAACAAGUUAACAACAACAUUUACUGGCGUAAUCGUUCUUAUUAUAGUCUAAAGGGUUUCUUAGAGGAUAUCGUAAGAGAAUUCCAAAUCAAUAUCUUCUAAGUCGAGGACUAUGAAAUAAAAUCGCUAAACGAUCUUUUUAUUAUAAGUUUUCAAAAUUUUCAAAUGUUUGCAAAAUUUAUAAGAAAUUUAAUCUCAAGAAAAAACGAAAUGAUUUAGACUAAAUUCCUUAAAUAUUUUCAUUCCUUUUUAAGGAUUAACUUGAUAAAAAGUCUUAAAGAUCACAAAAAUUUUUUUUUAUUUAUUUUGCAAACAAAGUGAUAUAAUUUUAGUUUAUUUUAACAAAUUUUAGUAUUGAGCUUUUAAGCUAAAUAUUUUUUAAAAAACUUUUU